AUGGCUACACUGUUUGCCAUCGUCUGUCAGCAUCCGAGCUUAACUUUUCACGUCCUCAUACUUUCAGUCGUCUUUUCUAGUUCGCGUGCGAAAGGAAUAUUUUUAUUAAAUUUAUACAUAUUUCACCGGUAUUACGACCAUUUGAAGCAGAUCGCGUUGUUCACUUGAGGCGAGUGCUGAUAUCCAAAAAUGGUACAGAAUUGAGGGGGUAUAAUCUUCCGGUUUCACCAUACAUCCUGAUCCUUGGACUUGCCUACCACUCCAGUUAGCGGACUAGGCUUGCCAUCGGAUUGCUGUUCAACCUCCCACACUGUCACCGUUGCAUUUGGAUUUUCGGAAGUGUUCCAGCAUCGAUCGCGAUUGAAGCCCAAACACGGCUGCACCGUUCGGCACGGUGGCAACGUUUGCCCUUUUAGUUUUUAUCAUUUUAUUUUCUUUUUGAGUUGCAAUUUCAAUUUUUGCCAAAAUUGACGAGGAAACGCUGGAUUCCAUUGUCUUCGAAGCGAUGGCUGACAGACUAACCCAGCUUCAGGACACGGUCAAUCAGCAAGCGGAACAUUUUUGCAACAGCAUUGGAAUACUGCAGCAGUGCUCGGUUCCGAGCAAAUUUCCUGGUUUCGAACGAACUGGCUCACAAACUCCACAACAGAACCAACAAGAAGAUUAUGCGCAACUCUUUUCCACACUGAUUUCACGAUGCGCCAAGGACAUCGACACACUUAUCGAAUCUCUGCCCAGCGAAGAAAGCUCCAUCGAACUGCAGGUUCAAGCAUUGAAGCGAUUAGAAAUAGAAAACCAGGAAACGGCGGAAAAGCUUGAAGAGGCGGUGCGGAAAGGUGAACUAUUGCUGGAAAAAAUUCAGGCUGCCCUGAGCGAUAUAGCGCAAUCCCAGCUCGACAUGCAGUAUUCGUCGUCACCGAAGAAGCAAUGACUGCCGGCCGCAACAGUUCUCAGUAACGACUGGGCGGAAUGACUUACGGGCGCGCCCGGCUGCUGUACUGUCACCGGUACAUCUAAGAGGAUGCACCACGAAGGAAAUCGACGAAUGUUUAAGUUAUUUUCAGCUUCUCUGUUGUUCGGUACUUUUCGUGUGCAUCAAAUGGAAACUAGUGAUAAUAUUUACAUUUAAUGAACAAAUGAAAUAAACUACGGCUUAAUCAUAAGAAAUGAAUGAAA